AUGAACUCUUCAGACUGUACUGUGUCACUAUUUUCAGUAAGAGGUGUGAACAAUUUCUCUCAAAGCACAGUCAGCCUUUCCCACCAGUUGCACCCGGAGAGGAUACUGUUCCCCCAUCACCUGGAAAUGAAGAUUUUCAUGCUUCCUACCAUCGUCUGUUUUAUUGCCGCCAUUGUAGUGACACCACCCAUCCUGUUCUCCAUCUUUUCCAGCUUCAGCAUGCGCAAGGAGACUCGGUUCCUGCUCCUAGGGAAUGCUUUGGUUUCUGAUUUAACUUACCUGUUUUUAUACACCACAGCCUGCAUUUUUAACAUGACAGACAUGCAGAUCCCAAAACAUGUGUGCACGCUGCUUCUCUUCUUCCUGGCUGCAACCUACGGUGGUGGAGUCCUCACCGCAGCAGGAAUGGUGGUAGACACUUACUUGGCGAUUUUGUGGCCUCUGCACUACUUGCUGAUUUUACCGUUAUCAAGAGCUAAGAAGCUGAUUGCCUUGCUGUGGUUCUCGUCUUUCUCCUUCUCAGGUGUUUUGUUUUCAGUCUUGUACUUUACUCAGAAGCCUGCUCCAUGCCAACCUAACUUGUGUUCUGUGCCGGUCAUUCUUGUAAUGACGCUACACGGAGACCAUGCAAUCCGCCUGUUUCAUAUACUUUUUAUUACUGGGUUUCUACUGUGCUUUUCAAUGAUAUUGUGCUGUUACUUAUUCCUGUGUUACAAAACCAGAGAAAGUGGCUUAUGGAAAGGUGCCUCUUCCAGGGCCAACGUCACAUUCCUGAUGCAUCACAUCAUACUGGUCUUCCACUUCUGUCCAGUUCUUCUUCUAUUGGCAGACUCUUUAUUGUACAUUAAUAAUGUUAUAGGUCUCCAGACAGGAAUGUUGAUUACUGUAACCAUCUGUAAUAUCCUUAUUGUCUUACCAAAAGGUGUCUCCCCAUACCUAUAUGGAUUUAGAUAUAGGGCGAUAUAUAAGUCUCUCAGGUUGUUCUGCAAAUUCAAACGUCACAGUCUUGUUGCCACAGAUCACAAUUUUAUUUAG